CAGUGAGGCCCGGGUCGCACAGCUGGAAGUCCUGCCGGUGCUGAUUAGGGUGUUUUUCGCUACGUGUUGAAUGAAAGAAAUAACAGCGAAGACGGCGGGCGGACGGAGUGUGCGCUCCUCUCAGCAGCUCUGCAAAGGUGGAAUGGCCUCAUCUUAGCACCUUUAGAGGCCUGCACAGACAGACAGGUGUGUGGCUCCACCCAGCAUGGAGCAGGUAGAGCCCGCACCUGCAGAGAGCCCCAGAGAGGUCACUCUGCAGGGGUCAGAGGUCAAAGGCCACCAGGUGGAGGAGGAUGUUGGGAGCACCUCUCGGAAGAAGAGGAGGAGGAAGAAGGAGACUCGUCCGGAGUCCAUCAUUGUGUACCGCUCUGACGCAGAGACCCAGGGAGAGGAGGAGCCAGCCGGGGACGAGGAGGGGGAGAGGAGUGCAGAGGAGGGGGCCAAAUUCCUCUCCACGCCCACAGGGAAAGGGGGCUGGCCCGCGGCCGCAGACGGCAGAUACGUCACGCUGACAGGGACGAUCACGCGUGGGAGGAAGAAGGGGCAGAUGGUGGACAUCCACGUGACGCUGACGGAGAAGGAGCUGCGUGACCUGGCGCGGUCCAAGGAGCGUCUGGACACAGAGUGCGAGAGGGGCGCAGACAGCAGACGCAGCUGCGGCGUGGGGCUCGGGCGUGGCCCCCACGUGCUGCUGUGGAGCCUGUCCUGCACCCCCGUGGUCUUCCUCCUCUCCUUCAUCACCUCCUUCUACUACGGCACGCUCACCUGGUACAACAUCUUCCUGGUGUACAACGAGGAGCGCACCUUCUGGCACAAGAUCAGCCUGUGCCCGCUGCUGAUCGUCUGCUACCCGCUGCUGAUCGUGGCGCUGUCGUUGGCGCUGGCGCUGUACUCCGCGCUGGCACAGGUGUCCUGGAGCUGGGUGGAGUGGUGGCAGGCCGCGCGCGACCUGGAGAAGGGCUUCUGCGGCUGGCUCUGCGGGAGGCUGGGCCUGGAGGACUGCUCUCCCUACAGCGUGGUGGAGCUGCUGGACUCUGACACCGUCUCCAGCAGCCUGCAGGCCGCAGGUGGGAGCCUGCAGACCACCUCACUGUGACUGGCCCGGGUCCCACGGGUUGCUGUGGGCGUCUGAUCCAGGAAAUAGUUUCUCUUGGU